AUGGGUCGGCUCGACCGGAGUUAUACCACGGCUUCACAGAAUACCGGCAAUUCUCUGGAUGAGUCUGACAGCAAAAUGUUGGGUGAUGUCGACUGGAGUAACGUCCUUGAUGCUGAUAAGAACAGCGAGCUCCAGGGUAGUGGUAAACUUCGGGAAUUCUACAAGAAACUUGUUCAAACUGACGCCAAAAUAAAAAAUCUGAAACGCCUCAAUCAAGUUGAGAUGCAUUACCUAGACGAUGACUUACAAAAAAUGCCAGACAGGUCAAAGAGAUCAUUGAAACUUUACCACUAUCCAAAGAAAUUGCACUUCAUGAGGCAUAGACGAUCUCUUCUAAACAAAAGCCAUGAAAGUCCUUACAUGACGAGGCGAGCCAUGAACAGGAGUCGGUUGAAAAGAUUUGGCAAUGAUUCUGACGAACCGACAGGGUUUGUCAUUGAAAAGAAGAAGCUUCUAGUACAAUACAAGCCAGUUGACAGAAAGAAAGUCCCAGUAAAAAAAUGCUCACACGCCCCAAAAGACUCACACACCCACGAGCAUCAACUAAAGCAUCCAUUUUACAAAAACACCCAAAGAUUAGACGAACUUUUGGACAGGUUUUUAAACAAAAACCUACCAGAAAUCAUGUCUGAUCCAUUCGGCUUGGACAUGCUAUUCAAAAAUGAUCCUAAUAAGGCAUGCAAGCAUCCGAAACCUCAUAAAAAUGUCAAUAUAAUUGGAAAUGAGCCUAUUGUCGUAGACCAGAUACCGAAACCGAAACAGAAAACAAACAUUUUUAAAGAAGAGAAGAUGGAGUCGCAGGCUGAUCUUCUAAAGAUGCUAAAACCAGAGUCUACUACAGAGUACGAGAAGGAAUUCUACCACCAUGAAGCGCAGAUGGUAGGAAAGGAUAAACAAAAGAUUGUGACAGUCAAGACCAGUCCCAAUGACUUCGAAGUGCUAUUAAGUGUAUCCACCAUAAUGAACCCUGAUAUGCAGAGGACCAAAGCGCCGUCAUCCCCCCAUUCGGACAGAGCUCAGAUUCUAGCGAAAAUACCCAAUCUACGCCGGCUGAUGCAGCUGGAAAACGAAGAAGAUGAAAACCUUGGUUACGAAGACUUCAAAGAAGUUCUAAGGGAUGAUAUGGAGAACCAUGAUGAGAUGGAUAAAACUGUUGAUAGAAAGAAAAGGACGGAGGAUAAAUUACAAUUACCAACAGAAAAAUCCAUAAAGUACAAUCCACCAGGUGUCCAUAAUCCUAACUGGAAGGGCCCGAUGCCUUUAUAUCCGGAUGAGCUGUCCUCCAUGAUGAAGCAUGAACCCCCUGAUACCAGUCAAGACACUAAGAAAAAGAUUUCGGGACCUGCAAAGCGUAAACUAUCAAGGAAAUCAUUUUUUGAAAGGAAAGGACGGGAUACGUCUGACGUGGAAUAUGGAGAUGAAUAUUUUAAAAACAAAUAUGAUAAACUAGUAGAAAUGGCACAAGCAUACAGUGAUUAUGGAGUUUUAGAUGGUAAGAAAGACGCGAGAAAUGAAAAGAACUCAGAUGACACAGCCACUGAUAGAAGAAUAAAGCUUUCUGCCGAGGACAACGUUUAUGGUCCCAAUCUUGUUGAAAGUCUGAGAUCAGAGCAGACAAUUAUCGCCAGUAAUGCAAUUUUAGCGAGCUCCUACAGCAACCCCUACACUGAAGGCUUACGCGUCCAAAUGAAAAAAAGACCUCCCAGCAAAGUAAGAAAUGAAGGAGUCAGUUUGUUUAAUAUCUUCUCCAAACAUCUGCAGUUUAAAUCUAACACAAAGGCAAACACGCCUCUUGAGAUACGAACGACACCACCCACAUUGAAAUUUUCGUACCCAGGCUUAGAAUUUGCUCAACUAAAUAAAGGUGGACAAUACAAUAUCUCUACAACAGAAGUAACAACCACCACUCCUAUAAUAGAUGAAACAGAUAACGGUCUAAUAUUCUCUCUUUCUAAAAGCAAAAGAACUCUUCUAUCUUCCAACUUCGAAGUUUCCGAGACCUAUCGUAGCGAAGAAACUACAACAAGUCCGGAAUUUCUAGAAAACAAUAUCGAUAGCUUCGUCCAGGAUUUAGAUAUUAAAUCAAAUAGUGCGGCUAAUAAGAAAGCACUUGCUCACUAUAUCGAAAAUGUUAAACAGAAAAAUAUAAGGAUCUUUAGCACUGCUCAUCCUGAUUUCCAUAGUGUUAGUGCUACGCCUCCUGUUGAGGAAGAGUCUACUCUAGUAACAGUUGAUACUAGUACACAAUCAUUUAAACCGAUGGUAACGAUGAUGACAGACUCAAUCAUAAGUAUGAACAAAAGCGAAUUCAAAAUGGACGAUGAUACCGCUGGUAACAAUUAUCUAGGGAACAUAAUGCUGACAAUAGGUAAUCCUACCUUUGGAAUGGAAGGUAUGAACUUAAUUUUCGAUGUUCCUCUAAUCUUGAACUUGAAUGAAGAACCACUGAUGAUGAAUGAAAGCUUAAAGUUUCCUAAUACUGACAAUCAAUUCGAUGCAUUCCCAGAAGCAACUGUAAGGGCUAACGAGACGAAACUACAGUUCUUUGGUGGCUCAGAUUUUGAAAGAAAGUUCAAGAACAGAACUCUAGUUAAAAGAAGUAAGACUUUUAGCAAUCUAACUGCUACAUGGAUUGAUAAUAGUGUUACUGAAACGACGACCCCGAUGGCUCUUAAUACAGCUAAUUAUAGUAACAGAAACGUUUCUGUGUUGUCUCAACGGUCACUGAACAGCACAUUUGAUUCGGAUAAUAUGACGUUAAGUGAUUUCUUUGCUUUGGUAUCUGAUUGGUUUAAAGCUAUUGAAGGUUUGAAGGCGGAUAAACCAAGGCAAGCCUGUAAUAUAUCUGAUAUAAACGAAAUACUUAGAGCAGCAAAUUCUUCCACUGAACCCAAUAUCACCACUACUGAUUCUAUCUAUCCCCUCUACGAUGCUGAUAAUAAUGAGAAUACUAGUAACAUCACCAGUGUCGGUCGCUUUAAGUCCAGGGCCCUUCUAUCGAUUGAUGAAAAACCAGCCAACGUCACUGAAAAAAAUAUAAAGGCCACUUCAAAUGCUACUGUUUCUGACAUCAAAUUCUCUGGUGGUAAUGGUAGCAUCGAACCACAGUUUAGAGGUUCAAAUAUUAACGUUAUCAUUUACCUUCCUAAUGCUUUAUUGAACGUGCCCAACGUAGGCAAGUCAAAAUCAAAUGAAGUACUAAAUAUUGUUGCAGUCACCAACUCCACAAGCCCGACCACACCAAUUCUAGACCUCAACAAUAACAUAACAACGCCGAAAAAGAAAGCCAAUCUGAAAACCAGUGCACCAGAAAAAAACAAAAAGAAAAAACCUAAAGCCAAAGCGAUCUUCAAAAGGAAUGCUGAAGAUAGUAAUUUAAUAUUUUGGAAUGAUAUGUAUGACGAUGAUGAGUACGGUGUGCCAGCUGACAAUUUGGAUAAUUCUGUUAGGGAUAAGCAUUCGGUUAAAGAGAAUGACUUUAUUAAAAAAUCAGGCAGAUGGGUACAUGAGAAAAUAAAAAAGUUUGCUGAGAAUUUGAAAAUCAAUCCGCUUUCGUUUUCUGCGCCCAUCGUCCACUCUGGAGACACGGAGGCCAAGGAAAGGGUUCCUAGAUCAGUGAAGAAUGAUGAAAUGCCAACGUAUAAGAAAAAUGUCUACGAAAAAAUUUAUAAAAAUCGUGUUGAUCGGAGAGAGACGGAGAAAAAGGAUGAUGAUGAUCUUGACGCAGAUCAGAAAUCGAUUUUCUUGGCGUUGACGGCAAAUAUGAAGGAUGUCUGCAAGAUGGCGGCGAAGGCGGUUCAGCAGACUAGGAAUUCGAAUGCACCGUCUGAACAUGGAAAGAUGAAUAAUUCUGGUUAA